UUCCGGUUAGGAACUUCCGUUUAUUUUCAUAUGUAAUACAAACGCCGUAAAUGAACUGCUGCAGGUUGAUAUUUUGAUCAUUAAAAACAAACAAACAAAAAACCCAAAUACAUUCCAAAGCCAAUUAUUUCCCCAAGGACGUGAGCACUUUCUUAGAACGUUUUAUUGACAUGAUCAUGACCAAGGACAAGAGUCAGAUGAGUGAAAGACUCCUAAAUAUCACACUGGAGAUCAUCUACCUGCUGACUGGAGAGGAUUAUAUUGUUAUAAAAAAGCCUGUGGAACCCGGAAUACAAAGCAGCAGUCCCAGUGUUUCAGAAGCAUACAGCAGAUCUCAGAGCCCAUUCAUGGCAUCUUUACAACAUUCGCUAAAACAAGAGAAGGACAACAACAAGAAGAUCCUGGAAUUGACCAACAAGAUAAUUCAGAUGUUGACUGGUGAGGUUCCUGUAAGGUGUGAAGAUGUCACAAUCUUUUUCUCCAUGGAGGAGUGGGAUUAUUUAGAAGGACACAAGGACUUGUAUAGUGACAUGAUCACAGGGAAUCACGAACCCACAUGCUCAGAUAUCAUGAGAACGUCACUGGAAUUGGAUUGUAGCCCGGAGAUUUGGUGCAAUGGAGAGACAUUCGCUGAUAAGUUUGUGGAAAGAAAUAAAGAAGAGCCUCACACUCCUAUUUCUUCACCAGUUCCUUCAAUAGUGCAUGUAAACAACCAUAAAACUAAAAUUAAGAAGCAUCCUAUGGCAAAAUGGCUGAGAAUAAAUAAACCGAUGAAGAGACAGAACAAGGCUGUGCGGAACCUGGUAGAGGAAUCAGACUUACAAGAAAAAAGAAAGCUCAUCAACAUUAAUGGACCUUCAGAUUACGCAUCCAUCCAUGUUAGUGAAGAAUCCACCUCCUGGGAGGAAGAAAAUCUUGGAGAUAUUGAUAUUUAUAUACCCAUAGAAAAUUCAGACACAGACUAUCCAUCUAUUCACAUUAAGGAGGAAUUGGGCUCAUGGGAAGAAGCAGAUCUUACAAAUCCUAACAUUUACACAACCACAGAAUAUAUACAGACGGAAUAUUCGCCUUCUAAUGUAAAAGGUGAAUCCACUGAAGAAGAGACUCUCACAGACUCUGACCUCUAUGCAACAGCAGAACACUUACAGGCAAAAACAGAAAGGAUGUAUAACUAUGCAGAAUGUCAGGAGUUUUUUGCUGGCCACUCAGAUCUUGAUAGAGCCAGGAAGAUUCAUAAAACGUAUAAGCUGACUUGCUUUGAAUGUGAGAAACACUUUCGUUUUAAAUCAGACCUAGUUGCGCAUCAAAAAAUCCACACAGAGGAAAAACAAUUUUCUUACUCUGUACACGGGGAGUGCUUAUCUUUUGGUUCGCAUAUUGCUCCACAUCAGAUACUUCACACACUAGAAAAACCUUUCUCAUGCUCUGAAUGUGGAAAACGAUUUUCCUGUGCUUCACAUCUUCUAAUACACCAGAGAAUACACACAGGAGAGAAACCGUUCUCAUGUCCGGAAUGUGGGAAAUGUUUUUCCUGUGGUUCUCACCUUGUCAGACAUCAGAGGAUCCACACAGGAGAGAAACCAUUCUCUUGCGGUCUUUGUGGGAAGUUUUUUACUCGUAGCUCAAGUCUUAUUCGACAUAAGAUGGUUCAUACGGGAGAGAAACCUUUCCCAUGCGCUCUUUGUGGGAAAUGUUUUACUCGUAGCUCUAGCCUUGUUAGACAUCAGAAGAUUCACACAGGAGAGAAACCAUACACAUGUUCUGAAUGUGGAAAACGGUUUACUGAUUACUCAAGUCUAGUUAGGCAUCAAGUUCAACAUACAGAUAAAAAAACAAUUGCUUUUCAUUAGCAUGGGAUGGUUUGUUUUAGAAAAUGUACAUUCAAUAUCUAAUUAUGAAAGCAGAUAUGACUAUAUAUUGUUUUUAUUCAUCUUACAGAAGUGGGUAGAACUUUGCUGGCAUAAAAUAAAUA